AUGCCGCCACCGAACCCCGAGCUGAGGCGCCAGGUCAUUGCCAUCUACAGAGAGCUCCUCUACCUCGGCCGCGAGUACCCCCUCGGCUUCGGUUACUUCCGGCCGCGGCUGCACAAGGCCUUCAUCUCACGGGCCGACGAGCGCGACGAGGCCAAGAUACGCUCCGGCAUCGCCCAGGCCGAGUACGUCAAGAAAGGCAAGUCUGCCCUCUGA